AACGUUAUGGAAGAUUGUGUGUAUAGUGGAAGUUUGGUUUUCAGUGGUUUGUUUUGGCGGCGUCUGCUUUCUCACUUUGCCGUUUUUCUCUCUUAAAGCAACAAAUUUUGGUCCAAAAUGAAUGCACCGCCGACAUUUGAAUCAUUUCUUUUGUUUGAGGGUGAAAAGAAGAUUGUCAAGGAACUGGAUCAAAAGGUACCAAAUGCUGCUAUUUUCACUGUCAACAAAGAAGACCACACACUAGGAAACAUGAUUAGGCAUCAACUUCUUAAGGACCCAAAUGUAUUAUUUGCUGGUUACAAGCAGCCUCAUCCCCUCGAACAUAAGUUCGUCUUGCGUAUUCAGACUACCUCAGACUACACCCCUCAAGACGCCUUGACCCAUGCUAUCACUGACUUACUAGCUGAGCUCUCCCUCUUUGAAGAAAGAUUUAAGGACGCCAUCAAGGAGAAGAGAGAAGGCUUGGAUUAGUCAAAACACUCUCCUACUUU